GGUUAUUUACAUGAGGGGGCUGGGGACGUCAAUAUGGAUGGGGAUAAUGCCAUGGCUGGGAACGUUGCCAUGGAUGGGGACGUCACCAUGGAUGAAGCAGAAGACGACACUGAACACGCCGAACCCCAAAACGGCUACGAAGACUCCAAUGAAGCCGCCGCAACCGCACCGAUCUACCCCCUUACCGAACCACCUUCAAACGGUCCCGCCAAACGGCCCCUCCCCCGCAGCCCGCGGCUAUAGCGGGUCGAUACAACUCCCUCGGCCAGAAGCAGUGAGUAGGGAGAGAGAGAGGCGGUAUGGGAGCUCGGCGGGGGAGACGCGCCCGUGCGGGUGUUUUUGUACGGAUCCAUGGGCAGAGGAGGGGUGGAGGUGGGUGUAUUGUGGGAAGCAUCAGCGGAUUAGGCAGGAGGAGGAGGAUGAGGAGGUGGAGGGGGGGACGACGCUGCCGAGGGAUUGGGAUGGGGAUGGGAAGGAGCCGGAGCCGCCGAGGGGGAGGAGUAGGUUUAGAGAUUAG